AUGAAGCAGCGCGGCGUUGAAAGCCUGUCAGGAUCUUCGACGCUCCAGAAUGCCAAGAUGAAGCCGGUUUUUCUAUUGUUGCUCCUCGUUGUCGGCCUCUCAUCAGCUGCUAUUGUUUUACCAAAAUUACCCCUUGCGGUGUCGACCUGCCAAGUUGACUCGGAUUGUCAGAGUAAGGGUUCUGACCUCUACUGUCAGACUCACUACAACCCGCAGAUUGGGAAGCCGGGCGGGCGACGAUGCGGGAAACUACUUGAAAGCCAAUGCGUUUCGGACGAGCAUUGUGGGAAGGGAACAACUGGGGAAUGCCAAGACUAUGCUGAUGGACGCCCUGGAUACUGCCUGCCUGUAUUUCGUGGC